AUGGCACAAGAAUUAAACCUGACAGAACGCCAAGUCAAAGUCCGGUUUCAAAACCAGAGGAUGAAGUGCAAAAAGGAAGAGGAACAAAGAACGUCAUCUCCUACUCGGACAUUCCCUUCGUCCACUCCUAGUCCAACUAGCAAAUCGGGAAUCCAAACGGUGAGGCCUAAAUGCCAUUUGAUAACUAGUCCAGCUUCAAUAACUCUGAGCUUUUUAUACUGA